AUGGAAAGUCCGAACGAAAAGACUCUCGGUGAUUAUCCAGAGUAUGAUGUUGUAAUAGUUGGUGGAGGAACUGCCGGUUGUGUGCUUGCUGCACGACUGACCGAAGACCCGAAAAUCUCAGUCCUUCUGUUAGAAGCUGGAGGAAGUGGGAAAAGCAAGCUUUACACCCACAUACCGGCAGCUUAUUCUCGUAUAUUCCAUACGAGAGCUGACUAUAACCUGUACACUGUCCCUCAAGAGAAUGCUGCAGGGAGGAAACGAUAUUGGCCGAGAGGGAAGAUGCUUGGUGGAUGUGAGUUCCAAACGUUCCAUGCAGGCGCACCAUCGGAUUUCGACGAAUGGGCGAAAACAGGUCUACAAGGUGCAGAGAGCUGGGCGUUUCUAGAAUUUCAAAAAUAUCUUCUGAAGUUUGAAAAAUUUGUUCCGAGCGAACGCUUCCCUGACGUCGACAUAUCGAAGCGCGGCUCUUCGGGUCCCAUUGAAGUUGGCUAUUUUGGGAACUUCUCCCGAUUCUGUUCGAAAUGGCUCGAUGCGUGUGGAGAAGCUGGAAUUCCAUAUGCUCCAGAUGUCAAUACAGCUACAGGUUCUCUCGGUGCAACAAAGGUUUUGACCUACAUCGACAGUAAAGGCCAUCGCACAACGACGGAGACUGCAUAUUUCACGCCCGAGGUAUUGAACAGACCCAACUUGACGGUUGCGAAGCAUGCGCAUGUAACAAAGAUUUUGUUCGACACUUCGGAUGGCAAGAAGCGUGCUGUUGGUGUUGAGUUUGCUCGUGGAAAGAAUGGCCCGAGAUAUCGUGCUAAGGCACGAAAGGAGGUUGUCCUGUCAGCUGGCGCUGUGCAUUCACCGCACAUCCUUAUGCUAUCAGGUGUGGGACCCGCGGCUCAUCUGAGGGAUAAUUGUAUCCCUCUUGUUCAUGAUCUUCCUGGAGUCGGGCAGCACCUAAUGGAUCAUCCAGUGGUGAACCUGCGCUUCCGUCUCAAUCGUGGAGAAUCCCUGAUGUAUGUAGAGCCCCGCGCCUUUCUUGAGGUCUUCCGGAUGCUCCCCAAACUGGCUCAAUGGGUACUCAAGGGCACUGGCCCACUGACUAGUAAUGUUGCGGAAGCAGUGGCCUUCGUCCGCUCUGACGAUCCUAAGCUCUUCAUGCCCUCGGAGCUGACGGAAGACAUUGAAGAUACGACUUCUGGUUCGAAUGCCCCUGAUUUGGAGCUCUUCUCGAGUCCGUUUGCUUGGAUUGAACAUACGAAUAAACAUCCACUUCUCCCUUCAGGCGAACUUGGUUCUCUUUCGGUUGUUCUGCUACGUCCCACGAGUUUGGGAAGCAUUACGUUGAAGUCUGCUGAUCCGUUCGAUGCUCCGGUUAUCGAUCCUAAUUACCUUGCAACGCACCACGACGUCGCCUUGCUUAUCCGUGGUGUAAGGAUCUGUCUACGCCUUGCUCGUACUGUAUCACUUCGACCGCUCAUCGACAAGUCCGCCGAUGAAGAUCCAGCGCUCGACCAUGCACUGUACACGAAGAACGACGCGGAGAUAGAAGCUCUGGUACGAGAGCGUGUGGAAACGCUCUAUCAUCCUGUGUCGACGGCGCGCAUGGCACGACUCGAAGACGGAGGUGUUGUCGAUGCACAAUUAAAAGUGCAUGGUAUCGAGAAUCUUCGAGUUGUGGAUGCGUCUAUCUUCCCGACGAUCAACUCCGGGCAUACGGCUGCGCCCACGAUCGCUGUUGCUGAACGAGCUGCGGAUAUCAUGAAACAGCAACUUCAUGCCUAA